CGGAAGUGGAUUGAAACGGGACGGGAGAGCGGAGAUGAGGCCGGGAAGGGGCGUGUAGGCCGCACCGGAAGUGAUGACCGGGAUGAGGCGGAAGCGGAAGUAAAGCAGGGCCGGGAAGGCGCCACUAGGCCGCACCGGAAGUGAGGAUCGCGAUGAGCCGGAUGUGACGUCAACAGCGCGCCGGAAGUAACGCCAUCUUGUUUUUAAGAUGGCGGCCGCUGCAAGGGCACGAGCGGCCCAAGCGCUGGACGCGGCGGUUCCCCGGGACGUGGUGCUGUUCCGGUACGACCGCAGCUCGUUCUUCCGGUUGUCCGGGCUGUUCUGUGCCGGUCAGGGCGUUUUUUGGGCCUCGUUGGCUCAUUCCGCAUUUACGGGGCUGAAGCCGCCGCCGCCCGGGGUCGGACCCGAGGAUCCGCUGAGGCCUAAAGACAAUAAAUGGAGGUGGAGCUUCACAGCGGCCUGUGCCACCGUGGGUUCCCUCAUCAUAGCAGCCGGUUGUUUCAUCCCCCUUCGCUCCGUCCGUCUAUUGACCCUCCAUCGCGGUGGUUCCCACGUCACCAUUUGCACCCACGGCCCCAUGGGGCUGGGCCGGGGUCUGUCCAUCACCGUCCCCCUCCGCCAUUGUUCCUGCCGGGCCCAUCGAUCCCACAUCAGAACCUCCAUCCCCAUCAAGGUGAAGGGCAGGGCGGCUUUCUUCCUCUUGGACGCCAGGGGGCAGCUGGAGAACCCCAAGUUAUUCGACAUCACGGUCGGGGCCUAUAGGAAGUUAUAGGGGGGGACAAGAUGGCCGCCACAAGAUGGCUGCCUUCAAGAUGGCCGCCUUCAAGAUGGCCGCCUUCAAGAUGGCCGCCUUCAAGAUGGCCACUUUCAAGAUGGCCGCUCUCAAGAUGGCUGCCUUCAAGAUGGCCACUUUCAAGAUGGCUGCC